AUGAUAUCGGAGACCCUUAUGACUUUCCUGCUGAUUACCAAACCCGAGGUCCGGUCGGUCAAACUGCUCGGAUCAUGGGAUAAUUUCUCUAAGAAAUAUGUAAUGGAAAGAGAUAAGCGAGUCGGACCAGGGCAUUGGAGAGGAUGUCAUACCUUUACGGAUAUGAUGGGCGAUGGCCCGGACAAGACCCAAUGGCGAACUGGAGGGUUGAAGAUGGGUGGUACAUACUGGUAUUACUACUUGCUCGAUGACGAUAUAGAGUAUUACAACGAGAGGGAGCCAACAACCACAAAAUGCCCUCUUCUCCCAGGGCAACCGGUGAAUGUUCUGAAUGUCCCCAUCAUUUUACCCGACAGUCGCGCCCAUGGGCGCUCAGCAAGCGCAAGUUCGCAAAAUUCCGAGCAUGUUCGAACAAUGAACCCCGAAGACAAGUUUAUGAACCCACGGAAGCCACCGCCGCAGCCGCAGCCGCAGCCCAUGCGUCUUCAGACCUCGGCAUCGGUCCGCCACCCGCCGACCCCGGCGCAGUCUGCUAGCAGAUCUCCCAUGACUGGGAUCCAUCGAAGUGCGUCUCAACCGCACAGCGCCGCUCGUAAGGGCCACAAAAAGGAUUCGCGGUCUAUGUCUCCUCCAAGAGCGAGAGCUCUUCUGGCUGCUUUGAGGCAGCCCGCUGAGACCGAAAGAUCGUUCGAGCCAAUGCAACCGGGACACGCGGCUACCGUGUUACCACAGCAGUAUGAGCCGAUUGGAAACCGCCGCAAUGUCCCCGGAAUCAAGGUCAACGCUGGAAUUGCGAUCCCGUCUUCUGCAGGCUCUGCCGACAAACUUGGCCCAUCCACUAUUCAAAGUCGUCGCGCAAUGAAAGCCAGCGCCGGUGAAUCAGGACCUAGUCGUCUUCUCACAGUGCAGACGCGCCCGGAGCCUCGCAAAGCCAGCCCCAACGCGAAGACCACAGCGCUCGACGAAACUCGUGCGAUCAGGGAAGCCCUGAAAGAUCUCGCAAGUUCUAGUGACUUGCCCACGCCAACGGCCGCCUUUACUAGGGAAGAGAAAAGUAAGGAAGAAAAAAGGCUUCCCACAUUACCCAACACGCCGUCUUCAGUCAUGGACGAAGCCGUCCGAGCAAUUGACGAGAGAGACAAAGCGAUGGAUGAAGAGAUCCCGCGCAGUUACUUCUCGGCCAUGACAGCAUCGACCGAGGACUCCACCCACUCCCGCUUCGUGCCCGAACAAAGCCGGUUCUCCGAAUGGAGUACGGACACCGAGACGGACUACAACUCGCACGCAUCAAUGAUGUCGGCCUCGACGUUCAACCACAACCAAGACGAGUCUUCGGAUGACAGAUGGAGGACACCAGAUCUAUCGCAGUCCGGCGAUGGCGCAACCAAUACCGACCCGAACACUCCCCAUCUCACCGUCUAUUCCAAACCCUCGUCACCGAACUCAGCCUCCGAAGAACUCCCUCCCUGGAACGUCGGGCUCCCACAACUUACCGUCUCCGUUUCCACACCCAGCAUCGACGGCUCCGGCCUUGGCAUCGAGAACUUGGAUGAAGUGGAAAGCAACCCAAAGCGCCAUGCCGCCCUGUUCAGCGCCCUUGAGUCCAUGGAGGCUCUCGCGAUGUCACGCAGCCCCAAUGGCUCGCCGAUCAUACUGCCUCAAGUCCCCAGAGAAGGGGCUGGGCGUGCGCUUUCCCCUGCUGAGCGGCAGUUGAGCGAGGCCUCUCUUGACCGCAUUCGCUCUCGUCGUAGCAAUGCUUCUUUCCAAGGAAAUGCUACCAUGCAGGAAUUGAUGGAUGAGCUCAGUUAUCUGAAGAAUAUCAUUCAGGCUGACAUGGAUGGGACACCGUUCUGA